AUGGAGGACGGCGCCUCCCAGCCAGGGACACCAGCCGUCGAGAUUCUACGUCCCGAGUUACCAACUGGCGACAGUCACGAAAAUCAUAUCUUUAAUACAAAUCCAGUCCUCUCCCUGGCUGACAUCUUCCGUCACAUUACUGCUAAAGCUGCAGGGAUAGAUAUCAACCAUUCCGACCCGGAUACCCUUCCUGAUGGUUGGUUACAGGCAUCGUCUAGUAUCUUCAAAGCCGAUGUUGAUAACAAGUACCUCGAGCCAUUCGAGUACUCCGGCCACAAAAUCUCAGUGUUAAAUCUCGUGUACGCUCUGCUUACCUAUGGCCUACAACCAAACAUCCUUGCCCUGGAAUUGCUGAAGAAGACGUUGAAGAGUCGAUCGGUCAGAGAGUUGAUGAGGGCGUAUUUCAGGAUGAAUGGGAAGCCAAUGAAUGACCAAGAUUUACAACUUCAGUUGAAGAUAAAUCAUACGUGGGAAGAUGUUGUAGACGGUCUGUUUGAAGUCGUUGCAUUUAGACACGAGAUGAGAAUAUGGGCGAGGAGAUACUUCGCUGGACUCCUUGUGCCGAUGGUGGCAGCGAAGGGCACACCGUCAAGCAAUGGGACUGCAACCGGUAAUAGGACACAGGCGGCCUUACGGGAGCUGUGUUUGAAACGGGAUGGCCAUAUGACGGUCAUAGGACGGGUCUGGAACCGGUUUUGGCCAAAGGAUGUCGUCCCACCACCUCGAACCGAGCUAUGGGACUACGGUGCCUUAAAGGCUUGUCAUAUCAUACCUCAAGGUUCACCGGAGAGUCUGAAUCUACGAGAACUCCUUAUAAACUUCUCGGGCGACUCGUUUAUAGUGGAUAUGAUCAAUCAUACGAGCAACGCACUCAUGCUGACGACGCAGUUCCACAGCUCGUUUCGAAGGUUCGAGUGGUCUAUUGAAGCCAAGCUUGUGGACGAGUCUAAGAAUGAUAACGACAAUUGGAUUUAUGUUUUUAGAAAGUUCAACCCUUAUCUACCGAGAGCUUUGGACCAGCAUGCUGACGGGGAGGAGGUAUUCUUUGGGGGGAAAGAUGGGAAUAUACCGAGCCCGAACCCAGAACUACUGAAUGUUUAUACGGCAUUGGCAAAAGUUGCGAAUGCAUCCGGAGCAGCGGAAGCGAUAGAUCUAAUCUUACGGGACGAAGAAGAGAUAAGAGAGAGAGGUCUAACAGGGAGAACGUGGGGGAAAGUUGGGCAGAACUAUCUUGUUCGGCAGCUAGAGCGGCUGCCCACCGAAUGA